UCGGCUCCAGCACCCUGGACAGCACCGCCGCCGUGGCCCAACAUACAACCGUGGAAACUUUUACAUGUUGAUUGUGAUAGGUGAGAUAGCCACAGACCACCAGCUACAGAUCGCAAAACAGCACAUCGAGCGAGGGAUCCGCUCAUGGGACACCAGCCUUGCAGCAUGUGACCUGGACCAUGAGCUGCAGCUCUUCAUAACACGACACUCCGCCCAGUUCUCUGCAGAGGUCAGAGGACAAAGGACUCUGCACCACAGAAGUGAUGUACUCGAGACAGUUGUCUUAGUCAAUCCAUCAGAGGAUACAGUUCUUUCAGAGAUCCAUUCUCUUGUGUCUGACCCAGCUGUGCACAAGCUACUGGUCCUGAGUGGGCAAAACUCAGACCAAGGUGACCUGGUUCUUCAAACUGGAGUAUUUACUUCUCAAGCCUUUUUACGUGUCUUUGCUGAUCCCGGGGUCACUAACCUGCAGGAAAAAGUUGACCCAGGGCAGCGGGAAACACUCACUGUGUCGUGCCGACUUGAGGCAGGUUGGACGUCUCUGGGGCAACACUUAAGCAAAUUUUUGGACUACAAAUUGAAUCCUGUGCCAAUACUCCCCAAAAUGGAUGGCGUCACAGAGUUCACAGAGUACAUUUCUGAGACAGUAGAUGUGCCAUCUCCUUUUGACCUGCUUGAACCACCAACUUCUGGAGGAUUCCUGAAACUGUCCAAACCUUGCUGCUACAUCUUCCCUGGUGGAAGAGGAGACUCUGCACUUUUUGCCGUCAAUGGCUUCAACAUUUUGAUUGAUGGUGGCUCUGAGAGAAGAUCAUGCUUCUGGAAGCUUGUUAGACACUUGGAUCGUAUUGAUUCAAUUCUGCUCACCCACAUUGGUGCUGACAACCUCCCAGGUAUCAAUGGGCUCCUUCAGAGGAAGAUAGCAGAGCAGGAGGAAGAACAAUCUCAAGGCUCCACUACUUACAGUGAUUGGAUGAAAAACCUAAUCUCACCAGAACUUGGAGUUGUGUUCUUCAAUGUUCCAGAGAAGCUACGCACAUCUGAGUCAAACUUGAAAGUUAAGCGUAGUAUUGAAGAGGCAUCUCUUACAUUGCAGUACCUCAAUAAGCUUGGAAUUAGGUCUGAACCUCUUUUCCGAGUAGUUAGUAAUACGAUUGAACCCAUCACGCUUUUUCAUAAAAUGGGUGUGGGAAGGCUAGAUAUGUUUGUCCUCAAUCCUGUGAAGGAUAGUAAGGAAAUGCAGUUUUUGAUGCAGAAGUGGGCUGGUAACAGCAAGGCUAAAACUGGAAUUGUGCUCCCCAACGGAAAGGAGGGAGAAAUAUCUGUGCCGUACUUAACAUCUAUUACAGCACUUGUGGUGUGGCUUCCUGCCAGCCCAACAGAGAAGAUUGUCAGAGUUCUGUUCCCUGGCAAUGCACCACAAAAUAAAAUCCUUGAAGGGCUUGAAAAGCUUAAACACCUUGAUUUUCUGAGAUAUCCUGUAGCUACACAAAAGGAUAUAGCCUCUGGAAUCUCAGCAUCUGCUGUAAAACAGACAAAGUUAAAGCAAAGGACUGACAGCAAAGAAAGUCUUAAGUCUCCCAAGACGCAUACACCUACAAAGACCAGUAAGAAAGAAAUUGAUGUACAGGAGGACACAUCCAUUCUUGAGACAAAGAGUGAUUCUGUCAAGGAGAAUAAGUCUGAAAAGAAAGAGGAGAAAAAACACACAAAACCACUGAAACCAAAAUCUGAGGUAAUAGAAAAGAAAAGAUUGCUGAAAGAGAAAUCACUGAAAAAAUACACUAAAGAAAGAGCAUCCAAAAUGGAUGAGAAAAGAGACAAGGAAAAGAAAGAGCUCAAGAAAGAAAAACGUGAAAUAAAAAAAGAUGACUUGGUAAAAAAAGAUGAGAAAAAAAUAAAGGGCAAGGAUGUUUUAAAACCAGAACUAAGGAAAAUCACCAAGCCUGAUCUAAAACCAUUUACACCAGAGGUCAGGAAGACUCUUCACAAAGCCAAAACCCAAGGAAAACCAAAAACAAUAAAGAGCAAGACUGCUAAAGUGGAAAAUGCAGAAACUGUGUCAGAACCAAGUACUGAGAAAGCCAAGACUGAGAUUCAAGAGAAUGGAACAGGGGAAGUCAAAUCUAUUCUUUCAACUCCAGAAGAUUUGACAAGGGAUUUUGAGGAGUUGCAAGAAAAGAAACCAACUGAACUGAUACUCCAGCCUGAGAAAGAUGAAAGUGCCAUUCCAUCUUCAAAACCAUCUGAUGAAGAAUUGGGCCCCAGUACUGACACUGCUGAUGAGAAAGUGGAGGCCAUUGUUUCUCAAACUGCACCACAUAUCCAGGAACCAAAAGUUUCAGAGAAAGAUGAAUUGCCAGUAACUGUAGAAAUGAAGGGAGAAACUGAGGAAGUUGCAGAGGAGCAACAGACACUGGAAGGUGAUAAAUUUGAGGAUGAAGGCACUGCCAUAGAGGAUGAAGAUGAGGAGGAGGAGGAAGUGCUGACCAUUGAAAAGAAAACAAUAGAGGAGGAAGAGGACAUGGGUAUAGGAGAUGAAGAAGAUGAAGGGGUAGGAAAGGACAGCAAAGAUUUAGAGGGAGUUGAUAGAAAACAUGAGGUCGAGGAAAUGGAAAAGCAUCGAGGCAAAGAAGAAAUUACAAACAUUGCAAAGACUGAAGUUAAAGAAGGGCAGGUGGAAGAUGAAUAUGUCAUUGAAAAAGCAGAGCUAGAGGAGGCAGAGGAUUUAGAUGCCAUUGCAGAUGAAGAAAUCAAAGAGGGUGCAGACAAAAAGGUCACAAAGGAAUGGGAGUGCAAAACAGGUGAGGAGACCCAGCUGGCCAAAGAGGAUGAGGAUGCAUACCUGUCCAAUAUGGGUGUGGUGACAGCUGGAAUUACCUCAACAGUCCAAGGAGCGGCUGCAGCAGAGAGCUUAUCAUAUAUUCAGGAUGAGACCAUACCCGGUUACUCAGAAACUGAGCAGACAAUUUCAGAUGAGGAGAUUCAUGAGGAAUCUGAGGAUAGGAUACCUCACCUUCAGUAUGAAGUUGGAACCUAUGAUGUCUCAGUCCCAGAUCAAACAGGUUCCUUUGAUGCAAUCCAUGGCAUGAAGGAAAUGCAAGCAAUGGGUGAUGGAACAGCAAAAGCAUUUAUGGGUAUUCAAGAACCUGCUAUUUCAGUGUAUACUAGCAUAAUAGCAGCUCCAUUGGCAGAGGAGGAACAUGUCUCAUCAGCUACAUCAAUCACAGAGUAUGACAAACUUUCCUCUUUUCCAACAUCUGUUACUGAGGAUCAGUCAGUGGCAUCUGUCACAGCACCUCAGUCUGAAGACACCGGAAAGAGCUCACUACUUCUGGACACAGUAAAUAGAGUACAUCCCAUAACCCAAACAGAAGUUACCCAAGGAAAAGAUUAUUUGCACUCUGCUGGAAGCAUCUCUCCAACAUCCUCCCUGGAAGAGGACAAGUGUUUCAAAUCGCCUCCUUCAGAGGAAUGUCCAGCCCUUCCCUUAGAGGGAAAACCCAAAGGAGUUGAAACUACUCCCCACUAUGAUGAAGAGGAGGAUGAUGAGUAUGAAGAUCAAACACCAAAUGUUGAUAUUUCACUUGGCAAGUUACAGGAAAGUUAUACAAUCUCCCAUAAACUCCAAGAGAGAGACAAAGAAGUUGGCAGGCCCAAAAGUCCUGAGCCUUCAUCUUUGGAGUCUGCUCUGGAUCAAAAAUCAGUGUCCCCACCUGAGCUGGCAGAAAAAACAGUGCCAACAUUUAAAGAAGAUGCAGCCUCUGAGGUCAUUGAAAAAACACACUCUACAUUUCCUGUGACUUCUAAGCCACUAGUUUCAGAGUCCAGUGGUUUUCCAGAGGCAGAUGACCGAUGCUUCAGCCCAGAUGACAGCACUGUUAAAAUGGCCUCUCCUACACAAUCUGGACCACCUAGUGCCACCCACUCUCCACUUCAUGCAUCACCUGUGGAAGGUAAAGCCAGUAUAUUCCCUGAACAGCUGGAACAAGACAUGGAGAAGAAAAUCUGCCCCCCUGAGUUUAAACUUGAAAAAGAGAGUAAGAAACCAAGAAUAUUAACUGAUGAGGUUGAGCAACAUGAACCAGACACAGUUAUUAAAACAGAUGGAAAAGAAGCUCAUAAAGCAGAAGAGAAGAGUCAGACUGCAUUGAAAGAGGAAGAGAUGUAUCAAAUGCAAGAGAAAAAAGAGCCCACUGCUGUAACAACUGCACUGACUACAAAGGAGGAAUCCUCAUUUAAAGAAGAAGAUCUCGACGAUUUACCUGCAGAGAAAAUAAUUGAAGGGCUGAUGGUACAAACAAGCAGAGAAGAGCCUGAGGAUAAAUAUGAAGGUGAUUUCAGUUUUUAUAGCAAAGCCAAAAUUGCAGAAGAAAGGGAGGGCCAGUUCCUUGAUGAUCGUGAUUAUGUUGAUGAAUCACUUGGUGUUUCAACUUCUGUAGAAGAAGAAGAGAAAAAAGAAAAAGAAAAAGAGCUUUAUGAAGAUGAGAAAGAGGAUGCAGAGGAAAAAGAAGAAGGAGGUUAUCAGAAGACCUCACUACUAGAGACAGAUAAGGAAGCAGCUGUGUCAAUUUUAGAAUCAAAAGAAAAGCAAUCUGAUAUAUCACAGCAGCAAGGUAUAAUUUUAGGAUCUGUGAAAAAAGAUGAUAUCCCAAAAGUGGAUUCCCAAACUGUGAUAUCUCAAAAAAAUCAUGAAAAAUCAGAUGUAGCCCCUAAACAAGAUAAAGAAUCUAAAGAGAAACAAGUUGAGGAAAUCAGAUAUCAUUUCUUGGAGUCUAAACCAGAAAAAGAUGGUUUGUCCUUUAAGGAGGAUGAUGAAUCCAACAAGAGGGAUGUGGCCAGUAAACAAACUGAAGAUUUACAUUUAACAGAUGCAAGAGCCCAGACAUUUGCAGUGGAUGAAUCUAUAACAAAACAAUCAAAAGAGGAACAACCUGAUGAAUCAACUGCACCUGAAAAUUUAGAUAAAGUGAAUCAGAUAACUGACAAGACAAUAGAAAUUAUUAAAACCACAAUUGUGCCACCAGCAUUAGAAGAUACAGAUGCAUCCCACACAACUGAGCCAGAAGCUAAACAAAAGGAGAUAGAAGUAAUAAAAUCUCAGGUGUUAGCUUUGGAAAAAACAGAAAUGAUUUCUAAAGAGCAUGUGAAAGAUUCUCUCAUCCCAUUGACACCAGAAAAAACAGAUCUCGUAGCCAAAACUGAUCAAGAAUAUAAAGAUGCAACAACAGGAGAUAUCAAAACUCAAAAACAGGAAGCAGAUUCAUUUGAACAUAUCUCUUCAGAAACAGAUUAUAAAUCAAAAGAUAUGCAUGUAGUAGAGAGUGAUUCAAAAACAGAUUUCACAUCCAAACAGGUUCAAGAAUCUAGGGAAAAACAAAAGGAAGAAAUGCAGAUUCUGUCAGCUGAGACACAUGUACUCUCCAAAGGUGAGGAAGAACCUACAAAGAAGUCUGCAGAUGACACUCUGUCAACUACAAGAACGUUAGAGGAACCAUACACAUCAUCUCAAAUUGAUUUUGAACCUAAAGAAAAGCUAAUUGAUAAAACAAGCCAUCCUGAAAUCUCAAAGUCUGAUUCAGAAGACUCAGAAUCAAUCUACAAAUCUGACCAAGAAUUUAAACACACAUUUCCAGAAGAAAUAAAAUUUCAAAUGGAGACAUCAUUUUCAGAAAAAAGAGAUAUGUCAUUAAAAUCUGUUCUUGAAUCAAAAGAUGAACAUUUAAAAGAGAGCCAGCCUGAAGCUCAGUCAGAGGACUCAGAUUUAAAAAUGAAAGAUAAACAAAUAUCUAAGGAGAAACAGAACGAGGAAACUGUGCCUCAGAAGCUGGAGCCAGAUGUAAUGUUGAAACACAGUAAGGAAUCCACAGAGAAGCAUGAAGAAGAAAUCAAAUCUAUAGCACAGCUUGGUUCAGAAAAGUCAGACAUACCUUCAAAGAUAGAUUAUGAAUCUAAAAUGUUGGGUACAUCUGAAACAUCCAUAGUUAUAAAACAAACAGAUUCAGUUUGCAUAACAGAUCAAGAAUCUAAAGAUAAAGAAGACAUACAAUUCCAAACACAGUUCACUUCAGAAAUAACAGAUACAAUCACUGAGGACAAACAUGCACAGCAGACACAGACUGCUUUCACAUCAGAGAUUACAGUAACAACAGAUGAUGAGAAAUCUAAAGAUAAGAUAAUGGACGACAUCAAAUGUCAUUUACCACUAUCGGCUCUUGAAAAAACAGAUGCUGAUCCAAAAGUAGAUCAUGAACCUAAGGAUAAAGAUAUAGCUGAUGACCAAUCCCAAGUCUUCAAAUAUAUACCUGAGAGGACUGAUUCAGUAUAUAAAGGGGAUAAAGAAUCUAAAGACAAACAAGUAGAAGAGGUCCUUUUUCAGAAACCUGAAUCAGUUUCAGAAAGGACUGCUGUGGCAUCUGACAAAGAUCAAGAAACUAAAGAAAUACAUGUGAAAGAGAGCAAACAGUUUUUGGAAUCAUUGCCUGAAGGAACAGAUAGCAUUUCUAAAUCUGAUCAACCUGAUGAGAGGCAAAAAGAAAGUUUAUAUCCUGUAUAUGAUGAAACAGUCUCAUCAAAACUUGAAUUGGCAUCCAAAGAGACACAUUUAAAAGAGAGUCCAAUCAAGUAUUUACCCGAACAAUUUUCUUUACCUGGGUCAGAUUCAACAGUGGAUUCUAAACUUGAUUUAGAAUCUAAGAAAGCACUUAUAAAAGAGGCUAUAGUAAAACAGGAAAUCCCAGCAAUGCUACAUCAAGAACCUGAGAAAUCGGCUCUAGAAGAAUCUCCAAAACAAACGUCAUUAUCAAGUUCUGAGGCAGAAGAUCUGGAAUAUCCAGAUACAGACCUUGUAUCCAGAACACAACUGCAAGAAGAAAGUCAGAAACAUAUGCUGUCAGUGUAUGAUACCUUACCAUCAGUAACAGAAAAAAUGGACAUUAGUGCUAAGUUGAAUUUAGAAUAUAAAGAGAAGUGUCUUGAGGCAAUUAAACCUGAAGCUUCACUGUCCAUAUCUAAAGAAACAGAGAAUGGCUCCAAAUUUCCAUCAAAGUAUUCAGAUCAUGAAGAAAGUACAGAGGAGGAUGAAGGAGAUGCUGUCUGCAUGGGAGGUGCAGGUUCAAGACCACUAUCAGUAGAACCAUGGGCCUCAGACAAAACAAAGGAAAGUGGCACAGAUCAAACACCAUCCAUAACAGGCACUGUAAAAGAGGAACUGUCAGGUCAAUUAGAUGAACCGAAGACCACAUUGCUGUCCACAGUAGGUGAAGAUUUUAGUUCUGUGUCACGAUCAGAACUCUUGACCCAUGCCAUCAGUCAGCCAAGUGUUGAGGAGUCUAAAAAGCUGGAAACACAGGUCUCCUCAGCAGACACAGUGAAACCUGAGAAGGAAUUGGAGAGAGAAAUGGAAAGAGAGCGAGAGAUGGCCUCUCCAGGGUUAGAAAUGUCAUCUUUACAUUUUCAAAAAACAGACAGUGCUAAUAAAAAGCAUUCCGAAAGGGCUGCCGAUAGAGAGACAAAACCAGAGAAAGAAAAAAAGGAUGACAGCAUUACCUGCCAACUAGAAAAGGGUAGCUAUGAGCCAUCUAAAUAUGAACCCUAUGAAAAGCCUAUCUCAAAGGGCCUUGACAAAGACAGAAAGGAUAAAGACAAAUAUCCUAAUCUUGAGGUAGAUGUAGAUGACAAUAGAAGGGUUAGCCAGUCAUCCCUGCUUGAAGCAGCAUGUAACAUAGAUGAACAAAGUGAUGAAGAACCAGUAUCAUUCAGCAAAGUUGAUUACCAUACCUCUUUCUCAGAGAUGAAAGCAGGUAUUUUGAGUGGGCCCAGUACCUGCUCAGAACAAGAUAAUAAGGUGAGUUACCAAGAAGAAUUGUUAGAUAGAGAGAGAUUAGAUACACCUUACAUGGACAAGAGUUUUACCUAUGUGGAGACCUAUGACAACAGAAUCACCCCUACAUCUGGAUCAAGUUCCUUGUCGUCCAGUGACUUCCAAGACAGAUCAGAGAAAUUGGUGAGGGAAGAGAAAGAGAAAGAGAAGGAGACUAGCAAGGAGGGCACCUCUCUUCAUAGAGAGGAAGAAAAAGAUGCUGGAGCAGAGCUGUCGAUAAAAAAGCCUUGCACCUCUGCCUCCAAUCUGUCACAGCCUGAUGAAUCCGAAACUGAGAAAGAGUAUUCUCAUACAGAGGCCAGUGAUGAUUCUGUGACAUCUGUUAAAUCUGAGGCAUUUGUGGCUGUUGGAAUUACUAAACAAGGGCUGCUUUCUCCAUCACAAGAUCAGUUAACCCUUCAGACAUCAGUGCCCUCAACCUCAGCCCAUAUUGAGAGUGUACCAGAGAGUCAAGCCAUAAAAAGGGAAGAUAAAGUAGACACAGAGUCAGCUAAGCAACUAAAGAUAGAUUCAUCUGUCAGCAAAGAAGGCCCAUUUUCCUCUGUUCAUCACUCCCCACCAGAGAAAAUUCUUAGUCAGUCAUUUCCUGAGAAUCUAGAUAAUCAGGUUUCUGCUGCUGCUUGUGCUGACGUACCUCAUGUUGAUGACAAUGUUCUUGCAUCGGAGAGCACAAGCAGCGCAAGCUGUCAUACUAGCAAAUCAUCGUUUGCAAGUGGAGAAAUAGAAGCAUACCCAAUUAAAAGUCAGAUGAUACUGGCAGAAGAAGAGGAUGAUUAUGAGGAUGAAGAUGAGGAAGGUGAAGAAGAUGAAGUCAGUGAUGUGGAUAUGGAAAAAGGAGCCCGGGAAAUGUCAGAGAAAGAGUCUAAAGCAACAUCUGAUGAUGCUAGUGAUACAUUAAGUAAGACAAAACAAGAGGAAAAGGAGAAGCAGUCAUACAAAUUGAAGGAAAAGUGGGAGGAGGGCAGUGCAUCAGGAGCUACAGGAGAGACUUUGGAAGAAGAGACAGCUGAAUCAAUUACUAAAGUCAUAGGUAGCACCUCUUCUUCUCUAUGUCAAGAUGACUCUGAAAAGGGUGCGACAAUUACAGCAGGGCCUGCAUCUGUUCUGAGGUACCAUCAGGAUCCUGACAGCAAGGAAGCCGAGCAGUCAGUGGAAAAAGACGGCAAUGUACAAUCUCCUGAACUGAGCAAGACAAAAAUUAAAGAAGAAUGUGAUAUGCAGAUCUCUGAUAAAAAGCCAGAGGAAGUAGAAUUCAUGGAGAGUGUCCAGAUAGCUAUAUCUGAUGCAGCUCAGUCUUUAUCUUCAUCUUCUACUUAUUCUUCAUCAACAUCAGCCUCAUAUUCAACAGGGCAACACAUUAGAGAGGGGUUGGAGAGCCCUAUUACUAUGCACAGUUCUCAUUUGAGAACAGAUGCAGAUAGUAUAUCAUAUGAGUACUCUUCUCUCAAAGAAGAGGAAUCUUUAGCAAUGGAUUUAAGCUCUGGGGUGCAGUCAAGAGAUGAAUACAUGGAAGUCUCUGAAAGGCUCACACCUGUAACAACAACAGCUGAGUCAAUAUCCAGUCUUGCAAGGUUUUCUCCACUCAGUCCACUAGAGGAGAGCAAAUCUUUCGUUCAAGACCAAACAUCAUCAGCAGAGGAGAAGUCAGAGGAUGAUACAAGAAGUAUUAAAUCAGACAAAGAUCAGCCCUCCAACCAAACAGAAAUGUGUGUGACUGAACCACAGUUCUCAAAAUUACCUGAAUCAUCCAAACCUCCACCACUACAGGCUGAAGUAGUUUCUGCUACACCAGUUAUGUUUAAUAUUGCUCCUUUAAAGAAAGCUGACACAGCAGACAGAUUCUUCCAGGAAGAAUCCUCUGACAUGGAGUCAGAGGAUCAUGCAAGCAGUACAGAGGAAGGAACUUUACCCUGUAGAAUUGAAUGUGAUAGCCCUGCACAUCACGAUCAAAAAUUAAGUAUGCAGUCACUAUGUGAACAACCAGCUGAUCUGAAAGCCACAACUACAGAUAUCCUUGAUGAGUCUAAUCUGCAGAUACACACACAACAGCAGACUGUGGUAGGGUCAUCAAAUGGGCCAUCAGAAGUUUGCCUAAGUUCUCAAGCUGUUUCAAGUAAAAUUAGUGAAACACUUGGAGCUGGCACCAUGGACCAACCAGAUACAAAUCAAGUGGAGGUAGAAAAACAUAAGGAAAAGAAGAAAGAUGAGUUUAAGAAGGAAUAUGAGGGACAUGAUGCUAAAAAAGUGAAAGAAGAUCAAGCAGACCAGCAAAAAGAGGAGAGAGAAAAAUGCAAAAUCGAGGGAAAACAGGAAAUCAUGCAGAGGAAGGAGAACAUGGAUGAUAAGAAAGAAGGAAAGGGGGAUGAAGAGAGAUCAGUAGAUGAUAAACUGAAACAGGAACAGACUCAUAUUAAAACAACAGGACUAGAGAUGAAAAUUGAAGAUUUGAAAGAAAAAGCUAUGGAAGAAAAGGAGAGUAUAGAGAAAGAACAGAUGGAAAAAAUAAAAGAAAAUAUAGAGUCCAAAGAAGAAACACGAGAGGGGACGUAUCCACCAAAAGAAGAGUUGUCAGGAAAAGAUACUGAGAAAACACAUGAGUCGAUUAAAAAAACCUCUUCUGAAAUAAGGGAGGAGUCAAGUUUAAGACCAGCAGGACCUGGUGAUAAAGUGGAUGUGCUGGAACAUGACUCAAAAGAACAGAAAGAUCAAACACUGCUUGUAUCUCAUUCUGCAGGUGAAGAGGUCGCAUGCUCCAAGACCUCCAAAAAGUCAGAAGAUGAUUUAACUCGACCCUCUGAUCUUUGCAUGGAGACAAGCUCCUCUCAGUCACCUCCAUUAUACAAACACCACAAAGGGGAACUCUCCCCUUCAUUUAUUAACCCGAGCCCACACCAUUUAUCCAGUGAGGAGGGAGAAGAGGAUGCGGGAAGUGACUGCUCCAAGGAAGAUGACUUUGAUGAUGAACGUGAGCAGCAUUCUGUUAAAAGGAGAUCUCACAAGCAGCAGCGUCACCAUGCCCACAGCCACCAUGGAGACAGCAAGGAGAGCUCCCACUCCCAUCCUAGUGGCAUAGCAACUGGACAUGGUGUAUCACUAGCAGGAGAAGAAACCCCUCCCACCUCUCUGAGUGAGUCACUUCCCUCUCAGUCUGACUCAGAUGUACCACCUGAGACUGAGGAGUGUCCAUCCAUCACAGCUGAAGGAAACCUUGACUCAGAUGAAGAUGCAGAGCAUCUACCAGUGGACAAAAUGUCUGCCAGUAGUGGAUGUGGUGGAGGUCACCAUUCAACCUCUCCAAGGAGCCAUGAUCCCUCACCAGUCCCAAUGAAAGACCCUGUUCCUCAACCACCCCACCCUGAUGUGUGUAUGGUAGACCCAGAAGCACUUGUUAAUGCCCAAAGCCACACAGAGCGACCUCUCAAGAAAGACCUUAAAACCAACAAAGGAUUAAAGAAGAACCUAGGGAAGCCAAAGUCUGCAUCUCCAGCACGUAAAAGUGAAUCAAGGACCAGACGGUCCACAACCCCUAUAAAACAAGCAUUUAAAGACUCCUCACCUCAUGGUCCUCCUCUUAAAAGAUUAGAUUCUGAAAAGACACUCCAUUUGUCUCGAACAUCUGAUUUCCAGGUUUCUAAGGGAGAUAACUAUCCAGGAAAAGGGCUUGUUAAUGGUGUAAAGAGCAAUACAGGCUCCAACCAAAAGUCCAGCUCUGGUAUUUCCCCUGGACCACCUUUCUACGUCGAUCUUGCCUACAUUCCAAAUCACUGCAGUGCGAAAAAUGUUGACCAAGAAUUUUUUAAGCGAGUGCGUGCUACAUACUAUGUUGUGAGUGGAAAUGACCCAGGGAGUGGAGAGCCCAGCCGUGGAGUUCUGGAUGCUCUGCUUGAAGGCAAAGCACAGUGGGGAACCAAUCUUCAGGUGACCCUAAUUCCUACCCACGACACAGAGGUGACUCGUGACUGGUACCAGCAGACUCACGAGAAGCAGCAGGAUCUGAAUAUAAUGGUCCUGGCCAGCAGCAGCACAGUGGUCAUGCAGGAUGAGUCUUUUCCUGCCUGCAAAAUAGAAUUCUAGGGAGGUAUUCAAUUUAUAAAUACAUUCAUUUCUCAUGAUUCCUAAAUAUGGUGUAUUUGUUACCACACACAGUCUUGCUUUCCAUUGACUGCCUUUUAUAGUUUAAUCUUAGCCUGCAAUGGCCACAAACCCUAGUGUUGUCAAACCAGGCCUUACUUAUAAGCUUUGGUUUAGUCUCCUGAUUCACACCCAUGUGCUAUUUGAUUGUAAGACGUAGGCCAAGAAUUCAAUGUUGAAUUACUAGAUGCUGUUUGAGAAUUGGUGGCAUAGGCUGAAGUUUAUUGUACAUUUAGUUUACUCAUAUUUGCUAUAUCUUUCAGAAACAAGUACCUGUGUAAAAUUGAAUUUGUAGCACAAAUAGGCCCUCUGCAAUUUAUAAUAAUAUAGCUCAUCCUUGCCCUACUUUACUCAUUUUAAAUGAGUUUGUAUUAAUCUACAAAGACAUACAAUGAAUAGAGGAGCAUUUCUUCUUCAGAGAUCUAACAGCCUCUUUGAGACAACAAAUCUUUAAGGUAAAAAUCUUCAAAAUACCUGUUUGUGGUAAUGUAUCAUGGUUGCAUUUAAAACAGACCCAGUGCUGGAGACCUGAAUCACCCUAUUCUGAAAAGGCACAUACUGUACAAAUGCCAGCAAUAUGGAAGCAACCACCCAUCCAAGAAAUUAACAAACAAGCUAAUUAAAACAUUUUUAAGGUCCCAAUCUAAAUGAUAUAUUAUUACAAUGAACAAAAUCUAUAGAGGAUUUAUGAAAAUGUAAUGCAACUUUGAUUGAGAAUUUGUGUCUUUUUAAAGAAAAGGAGUUUGUCUGCAGAUACGUCAUGUCAACAUGAGUUUGUUAUUCGAGACUGUAUAUGUAUGUGUCUUUAAGAAUAUGGCACUGUAGAUGACCUCACCGGUUACCAGCAGCUCAGUGGUGUUUGGCUGACAAGGCCCUUAUGUACCCACAUUGGCUGAUGCAAAACAUUCAAGAACGGUGCAGCUUGUGUGUAGCAAUCUGUAUUUUAAAAGAAAUUAACUAAAAACAAAAAAGCUAACAAAAAGGAUUUAUUUUGCAGCAACUGAUAUUUUACUUAGUUUAACUAAAGCAUGGUGCUUGUGCAGCUCAGGCUUCUCUUAAGAGGUACAGUGUAUUUAGAGACUUUGUAUUCCCCCAUCUUUACAUACAGACAAAUACUUUCAUAUAAUUUACUGAACCAUCUACAUACUGAUUAACAUGACAUUUAGAGAAAACGAAACCUUAUUGCCAAAUGUGUGGGGGGUUUUUUCUAGAAAAGUUUGGAGGAGGACAGUGGCCUGGUUGCAGUAAUUUUCAUAAUGACAUCAUGAGUACAUACCUAAAGAAUUUGAACAAAAGUACAUACACAAAUAAUUGACACAUUUUGUAAAGUUUUACAUUAACAGACCUAGUUUAAAACAAUUUUCAGAUACUAGCUUUUAUGUGAAUGAAAAGUCUUGGGAGGCACUGAUUACCAGUGAUUUAUGUAGCAGUAGCAGUUAAGAGGUUUGAACAUGAGACCAUAUAAAUAAUGAUUUCAGGCAUGAGUGUGUGCCAUUUCAUCCCUUCUCAUGUGCCUUCUGCAUUCAAUAGCUAGAAAGAAAAAUAAUGGUUUACAGAACAAUGCAGAAGCACUUUAAACAGCAUGGGGAAAAGGAAUUAAUAGAAUUGAUGUGUGUUGAAAUAGAAGCUAGAUUUUAAUGAUGAUGAAUUGCAAGUCAUUAGUAGCCUUAUAAUAGAUGUACAGUGAUGCAGAAUUAAUUAUCCCCUGUUCUAAAGUAUUAUCCAAAACAACUAAAACUAUAUUUUGCACCAAGUAUGAUAGCACAUUUUAUAGAGUGAGAGGGCCAUACAUGAAAUGGGGUAUGGGUAGGUAAACUGCAUGUAAAUAUUACAUAAAUAAUGUGAAAUGAUUCAUUUACUGUAAAGAAAUGGAACAAACUGAGGUAUUUAUAUUUACUGAAGCUUGAAUGUAAUGUAGUUGAUUGAAUCUAGAAUGGCAUCCCAAAUGUAUAAACCUAACAUUAUUGUGUCAUGCAAUUAAUUUAUAAUGACCACCAUAUAACUAUUUUCAGUGAGUGAUUCAGAGGUCAUGGAUUCAUUGCAAAUAAUUUAAGGCACUAGAACAGCACAAUUAUUUUAAAAUACAAAUGUAAAACAGCUUUUCAUAAUGCAUUUAUUUACUUUUUCUUUUAUUUAUUUUUUAGCAUCUGUAAAUGGGCAGUUUUUUUAUCUUUCUAUAAUAGUACAAACUCUUUCAGUCCAUUAAGUUUAGCAUUUGCCUAAAACACACACAAACACAUAUACAUACACCUGCCAGAUUUUUUUCACCACAUUGGAAAGUACAGAAUUUAUUAACAUCACACUGUUAUUUGUUGCAUGCAAAAUGGCCUGAAAGCAAGAUAGUGACUGUGUAUGAAUAGUCCAGGCUGUAGUGCAGUGUCCUCACCUCAAUUACAUACAACUAGCCACAUUUUAGUAAUGAUUGUGGAAACCCGCUGCUGCUCACCUAUAAAUGAAGUCUUUCUGUGGUAAAUACACUGUGCCAUUUUCUAUGCUGAAACAGGGUUUGAAAUUACAAAGCAUAACAUUUUAUCCCAAGCCAGGUCACAGAUAACAGUGAGCUUGCUCGCCUAUUCUCGCUUUAUGUCUUAUUUGGUUAUUUUCAGAGAUAUAUGAUUCAGCAUUAUGUGCUGCUUUUGACAUUGUAUUUUUUAGAGGUUGGUUUCAUUUUUCCCCCAUGGAAAUGGGUUAGUCUUCUUUUGAAAGAAUUCCUUUUGAGAUGCUUUCCGUGGCAGGGUUUUACUGUUUUCCUCUUAGCUGUGAACGCACAAGGUUGGCUGGAGGAGGUCAAAGCUGAGUUACCUCUAGGCCCACAGAGAGAGGACAGUGACUGAGAUUGCUCUCUGCUCCCAACAUUAAACACCAAGGACAAAAUGUAUUUUUGAUAGUAGACCUAUGCUAAAAUAUGAUCCUGUACUGUAUUCCCCACAGGUAUGAAUAUAUCUUAAUAUUUUGCCUUAGCGACGAGUACUGUCUGGUCUUGUUGAUUAGCUGUGAUUUCCAUACACAGAACUGUGCAAGCAAUGAAUGCACUAAUUUAGUUUUACUGAAUGUAUUGCAAGUUGCUUUGCUGGAUGCUGCUUGAAGACAAAGAAUUAGCUUUUAUGCACAGUGAACUGUGAUGGGAAUGGUUGCAGAGAAUGACUGAGGUGUUUUUUUUUUUAAUAGAUGAGUGCCGUGUGUCAAAACAUUACUCUAGACUCAUUGCUGUAUAUCAGCAGUUGCUGAUUCCAAUUUUAAAGAAUACAUUACUCUCAACAACUGAGUUUCCUCUCAAGACAACUCAGAAAUGGCUUGCAGAGGGCUUUCCCUCACUCAUAACACUGAAUCCAGUACAAAGUACACUUGUAGGGUUUUCUCCUGAAAAUGACUUGAAAUGUGAAAGAAGAAAUAAAAAAGAAUGAUGCACAACUCCUCUACUUACAUAGACUUGUACAUACCAAUCAGACAAGCUGACAAACUUAUUCUUGUGGAUUGUUUUCAUUUUGCGUCAUUCUAGCAUUGGUGUAAUUCAGUACUUAUCAACAAACAAAAAGACUUCAAUGGUAAGAUCAGUUCAGUUUCAUCCUUCUAAAACCCAUUCUCAAAAAGGAAUGGACUCAUUGGCUCAUAUCUCAUGCCAAUGCAUCAUUUUCUGCAUGUGAUCUUAUUAGUUAUAAUCCUGAAUGUACUCAUUUAAUAACUGAAAUUAAACAAAAAUACCAAUUUAUAAAAGGUAUAUUUGAUCAAGCUAACUGUCUUAAUAGUACUGAAAUAUGCAUAUUACUGGGCUUUGCUUCUGUUUGCCCUAAGAUGUUGUUGAGAAGACGCUGUGAUAGUUCCUGUUUUUUGCCGCUGUAUGAAUCUUGGUUCUGUUCUUCUUUAGUGCAAUAUUCCAUACAAUCUCUUUCAACUCUAAAUGAAAAAAUAGAUUUCUGCUGAUUUAUUGUAAAAAAGGAACCAUCCUGGUGAUCAUCAAUUAAAAAAAUUCUUCAUGCCAAAA